AAAUUCGAGAAGUUCGUGAAGAAAGAUGGACACGUGCAGCCAUUACUCAUAACUGCAAGGGCAAAGAAAAGAGAAAGGAGAGAAGAAAAACGAAAUGGGAGUGUCUUUGGCAUUUUCACAGUCAUUUACGCUGCACCCCCAAUCUCAAUUCCAUGGGUCAACUCGAGCACGCCACUCUUUCCUUCGCUAUCACACCUCUUCGUCUUCCGUUGACCGCUCAUCUCUAUGUUUCUUGAAUAUCAAAUCAGAACCAAGCGUGUUGUUACCAUCUAUUAGCUCUCAACGACUCCAGAACAGCAUUCACAACAUCAUCGGAUCAGUUUCUGCUAGGGUUGUCUCCGACUCUACAACGCCCACAUUUACCGGUGAGUUUGUGGCUAAAGAGAUCGAGAUCCAACCGAAUACCAGCGGUGGUGACGGUUUUGGCGGUGCUAGCGGAGGCGGCGGCGGCGGCGGAGGCGGUGGCGGCGGCGAUAAUAACGAGGGAGAAGGGGGAUCGGACGAUCAGAACAGCGACGGCAAGAAGAAGAUGGCUAUGUCGAUGUCUCAGAAGUUGACACUGGGUUAUGCUGCUUUGGUUGGAGUGGGUGGACUUAUGGGGUAUUUGAAGAGUGGCAGCCAGAAGUCACUGAUGUCAGGUGGACUAUCAGCCCUGCUUCUGUAUUAUGUUUACACCGAGCUUCCCACUAAACCGGUGUUUGCAUCAUCUCUUGGACUUGGGCUGUCUGCUGCUCUUCUGGCAGUUAUGGGUUCUCGCUUUAAGAAUUCAGGGAAGAUAUUUCCAGCUGGUGUUGUGUCCGUUGUGUCCCUUGUUAUGAGUGGCGGGUACCUACAUGGUAUUUUUCGCAGUAUGCACUGAUGAUGGUUAGAAUGUAUUUGAGAUGUUAAUGACUUUGAGGUCUCUGUCUUUGUUUUCUUUUGUAGAGUGUGAUUUUAGUUUAAUGCUUUGCUAGUUGCACUCUGAUCUACACAUACUCUGUGCUGUAUGGUAUGUACUAUGUACUACGAGUAAUUUGGUAUGACUGACUGUGAGUGAAUAAACCUGCCACCUACAUACUCGAGUAUUUUGGAAGCUUGAGGUUUGAACAUUUCACGUACAA